AGGUGAGCUUGAAAAGGAAGUACUGGAUAUAUCUCAUGAUAACGAGUCUCUUUAUGCGGAAAUCACAGGAAUGAAGGAAGAGCAAUCAUACAAAGUGAAUSACUUACAAGAAGAACUGAUGAAAAUUAAGGGGAAGCUCACAAGUCUUGAAACUGAGAAGUCUUCUCUUGUGACUGAAUUACAAGAAUUCCAGCAAGAAAAGGAUGGWUGGGAAAAGGAUAAAGGAGAAAUGAUGAUGUCACUUGCUGAACUAGAGGCUGAGAAUAAUGAACUACAACAGAAAUUGAAACAAGCAUUGGAAAAGACUUCUGCAGAAUCCGUUUCUCAAGAUGUUAAAGUAAUCCAUCAAGAACUUGAAAAUGUCCACAAAAUGCUGAGAUUGAAAGACGAAGAACUGAAGACACAAAACGAAAAACUGGAUGAAAAAGAGAACAUGUUGAACAAAUUAAAUGAGGAAGCAGAUGAUCUCAGACGAAGUAUCACUGAUAUCGCAUCUAAAAGCACUUCAAGAAAUGUUGUGAUAUCAACUUUGGGGAGUGAGMUAGAAGAGCGUGAUAAAAAGAUUGGACAAUUAGAAAAUGAACUAUCUGCUAAGACUCGACAGUAUGAUGAGCUGUGUUCUUCCCACAAUAAACUCGAAAUUGAUCUCAAUCAGUCCAGUUCAGAAGCCUUGCAAUGGAUUACCACAGAAAGAAAAAAGCUAGAGGAGCAGAAAGACAUUCUGAAGAACCAAGUUCUUGAUCUUCAAAGUCGCCUGGACAAAGGGCCUCAAACUGAUUCCAUUCAAGACGAUUCACUUAAUGUUUGCACUGAAGACGAACUCCAAACACUGAAAUCAGAAAACGMAACGCUCGUUUCCAGGCUAAAAGUGCUUAUGGACGAGAGGGAUUCGGUACUACAAGAUUCGGAAGAUCUCAUGGAAGGAAUGCAGCAGUUGAAAGAAGCUUUCGAGGAGGAAAUUGAAAGAAGACUUGAAAGAGAAAGGGAGCGCUUUAUGGAGGAACAUGUUGACCUGGUUAAUGAAUAUAACAAAGUGAAAGAGCAACAAAAGCUUGUAGAUGAAGCCAACAAAAGCCUCGAUCUCCAAUGUAAGAAUUUAGAGUUUGAACGUGAUGAACUGCGCAAACAAGUCAACGAAUUGUGUGAGAAUACAUUAACUGAAGAAAAGGCAACGCAAACAGAUUUAUUCCAAUCUAGUCCACGGCGAAAAGAGACCAGAGGCAGGAAAAGAAGUAAAAGUGUGGGUGUCAUCGUGCCGAUUAUUUCAAUUGAUGGGGUUGACGGAGAAGAGUCCAACAGUUCGCCUGACCGAUCACCCACUUCUGAUUCACCGAGACACCAAAAGCACUCUUAGUGACACUUCUUCCCAUUCUGAUCUACCAGGAAUAUAAGACACUAGUGAAAAACGCACUGCGCAUGUCCACAGUUUUCACGCUGAAAUCUGCCUAAUUGUCUUUGUAAAACGGUUUUUGUGAUUUCAGUGAAAGUGUUUUACAAUUUAUAAGCUCGUUCACCGAUAUAUAAGAUUCAUAUUUCC